CAAGAAUCCAGGCGGCCCGCUAGCCACAGGAUCUUUCCUCCCUCUCGCCAUUGUCGUCGUCGUCCUUGUUGCUUCCCCUCCCGACUCUUCCCCAACCCACCACCAUGGCGCUCGCAUCCGGCACGUCCCGCCCGCUCCUCGGCCGCCUCCCAGGCACGGCGCGGUCCCACCUCUCCGUCUCCUCCUCCGCCCCCGCCUCCUCGAUCCGUUUCGCCGCUCGCGUCGGAGGCUCGCGCGCCGUCUCCCUCCGCGCCUCCGCCCCUCCAGCAGCAGCAACAGCAACGCCUGGUAGCGUUGCACCAGCUAUUUCAUUGACUGAAAAGGCUUUGAAGCAUCUGAAUAGAAUGAGGGCCGAAAAGAAUGAAGAUCUCUGUUUAAGAAUUGGUGUUAAACAAGGUGGAUGUUCUGGCAUGUCUUACACCAUGGAGUUUGAAAAGCGAGGAAGUGCCAACCCUGAUGAUUCUGUCAUAGAAUAUGAUGGUUUUACAAUAGUCUGCGAUCCAAAGAGCCUCCUUUUCAUGUUUGGAAUGGAGCUGGACUACAGCGACGCUCUCAUCGGAGGCGGCUUCAACUUCCAGAACCCAAACGCGACAAAGACAUGCGGGUGCGGCAAAUCGUUCGCCACGGGAAAAGAAACGCAGAGCACGGCGACCGUCUGCAGCAACUGAAGCAGGAGUAUAGUGCCAAAGAUGUGAUGUUUACCAUGCUGCAUGCAAUGCAUCUUUUAGUUGAUCCUGCACACAAAAAUAUUGUGAUGGACAUACAUAAUAGUACUUCCACGCAGGUUCACAGGUACUAGAAAAGAGUGACAAGAUUUCUAGUACAUUUUCAGUGUGUAAUCCAGGUUCCAGUGGGACCUGUAUGUAAGCUGUAAGUUGUAACUGGUGAAUAGAAUUUAAAAAGUAGUCAUAAUUACGUCAA